AUGGUUUUGAACUCCACCCCGCCCGCGUCUCCCGGCGCGGAGGCACAACAGCGUCCGCCUCGGUAUCCCGGCGAGGACACAGCCCCGACCAGUCGGAAGGAGAUCUGGGGCUGGUACGCGUACGGAAUCGCAGCUGAGGUCUUUGCUGUCUGUGGUGUAGGCUCAUUCCUACCACUCACACUAGAGCAACUGGCUCGCGAACGCGGAACCCUGCUGUCGAGCCACCUACCAUGUGUAGGCUCUAGCUCGCCUUCUACAGCCCCUGGAAAUGGGACGACUACGGCAACGCUCAGACGCGAUGGCACGGAUAAUGAUCAGUGUGUGGUUAGCGUGUUGGGGCUGCAGGUCAACACUGCCAGUUUUGCCAUGUACACGUUCUCGCUUGCGGUUCUCGUUCAGGCAUUAACAUUGAUCUCUUUCAGCGCGCUGGCUGACUACGAAAAUAACCGUAAAACCCUCCUCCUCGCUUUUGGAUUCAUUGGCUCGAUGACGAGCAUGUUAUUCAUCUUCAUCGCGCCACCAGUAUAUAUCCUUGGAUCGCUUCUUGUCGUCAUCGGUGUGACUUGUCUUGGAUCAUCGUUCGUCGUUCUCAAUUCCUUUCUGCCUGUUCUAGUAGCCAACGACCCAUCGAUUCAGACUGCACACAAGGAGGAAGGGGAAGAGUUAUCGCCCGUCAACUCAAGCGGAGAGUUUGCGCGAUCGGAAGAUCUUGACGAAGAAAACGUCAGGGAUUCUGACGACCAUUUUACGACCGGACAUGGACUUAAGACAAAAGCAGCGGGUUCGGCUUCACCUGAACUACAACUGUCUACUCGAAUCUCCUCUAAAGGCGUUGGACUCGGCUAUUGUGCAGCCGUUUUGGUACAAAUACUCAGUAUAUUGAUGCUAUUUGCGCUGUCAAAGACAUCAUUACCGAAAAUUUCGGGGACUCUGCCUAUGCGGUUUGUGCUUCUUCUAGUUGGAAUCUGGUGGUUCUCUUUCACCAUGGUCUCUCGGCGGUGGCUGCGGGACAGACCCGGGCCUCCCCUGGCUUCUUCAAAAGGAGCAGCGAGUAACAGCCGGUGGCGCAUCUGGCUGCGGCUGAUUGGGUUUGCGUGGAAGUCAUUGUGGAAGACGGUCAAAGUAGCAGUCAAGCUUCGAGAAGUGAUCGUCUUCCUCAUUGCCUGGUUCCUUCUUUCAGACGCGAUGGCGACGGUGUCCGGUACGGCCAUUCUAUUUGCGCGCACAGAACUAAAGAUGAGUACGACAGCCGUAGGACUACUGUCCAUCACAGCUACGCUGUCAGGCAUGGCCGGGGCCUUUCUGUGGCCAGUGGUUUCGCGGCGGCUCCGACUGAAGUCCAACCACACUAUUAUGCUCUGCAUCGCGUUGUUUGAGGUUAUACCUCUUUACGGCAUGCUUGCUUACAUUCCUCUCUUCAAGAAAUGGGGCGUGAUUGGGCUCCAGCAGCCAUGGGAGAUUUUCCCCCUGGGGAUUGUUCAUGGCCUAGUAUCUGGUGGACUGUCAUCCUACUGCCGCUCCUUUUUUGGUCUACUAAUCCCCCCUGGUAGCGAGGCCGCAUUCUACGCUCUGUAUGCGGCUACGGAUAAAGGAAGCUCGUUCAUUGGCCCUGCUAUUGUAGGAAUGCUGAUCGAUGCUACCGGUCAGGUGCGGUCGGGCUUUUUCUUCAUUGCGGUCUUGAUCCUCCUUCCCAUACCGCUGAUCUGGAUGGUCAAUGCAGAAAAGGGACGGCAGGACGGGUUAGCCAUGGCAGACAUAUUAGAAAAGUCGCAUGGAGAGCAUGCCUCUGAGUAUGGAGGCCCUUCCGAAGAGGCCGAGGGACUGCUGGCUCGCGAUAUAUAA